AACAACGAGCACUGCUGCUCUCAGACUGACCAAUCAGCGGGCCUCAAACAGAAGAAAGCGGGCCGACACUGAUUGAUCUCCUGGUGCAGAAGCUCCGUCCUGAUGCAGACUGAUAACCUUCAUCACUCAGACCUCACCAACCAUCUUAGUGAUUAUCGGAAAGAAUUGCCGCCAUGUUUUAUUACCCGACAGUUUUAAAGCGUCAUACAGGAUGUUUCUCUACAAUCUGGCUUGUUGCUACGAAAGGCAUCAGAGUUUCGCGCCGGGAUUUCCUAAAAGUCAACGUCAAGAGCACCUGCGAUGACAUCAUGGACUACGUGCUGGAGCAGGUCCCGCCGCCUCGGCCCGGUCUGCCACGACCUCGCUUCUCCCUCUACCUCUCCUCCCAGCUCCAGUAUGGUGUCAUCGUCGUCUACCACCGACAGUGUGCCAUUCUCCUGGAGGAGCUUCAGUCCGUUGUGGGCCAGCUGCUGAAACAGAGGACGUCACAGAAAAUUGAUCUCGAUGACCAAAGCAGGCAAUCUCUGGAGAACCCUGAUGCCCUGUCUUUCAUGGAGGAGACAGAAGGAGCUCCAGACCCUUUAUUUGGGGUGAUGUACAUGAAGGAUGCUAUGCCCAGUCCAACUAAACUGAUAGAGAUGACUCGAGACUAUUUGAGAGAGGCUUCUCCUGAACAUCCCGAACUGACCAGUCCAGCUGCUCCUGAUGCUGCUGCUCCGCUAGAAAGUGGCAUCACGGCGUCUCCGGACACCAUCACUCUGAGAGAGACGGAGCCUGUCACUCUCCCUGUUGCCGAGUUUGAGGGUGUGGAGCUCAUCGAUCAGCAUCCAGAGACCAUUGACUUUCUCUUGGCCCAAACUGAUGGAUUUACAGAAGGGGAUCUGGAGGUACCGAGGGAAGGCGUGACACAUGGAGAGGAAGAGAUGGAGAUGGAAAGGGGCGAAGGAGAGGCAGAGUUGGUUAAAGACGCGACCAAAGAGCUCACAGGAUCCACUAUUGAAUUACAGCCCACAACUCUCCCCAGUGAAGACGCCAUGUUGCUACCGGAGGAGGAGCCAGGCUCGUCAGAGGUGAAGCCUGGAACCCCAGCAGACCAGCUGACCCCCGUUUCUGUGCCUGUCCUCCCUUCCCCGCCAUCUGCAUCAAAGGAAGGCCAAAGACCGGGUCUGGAGUCAGAGGAUGCUCCUCCUGCUGAGGUGGAGACCAGGAGGAGGAGAAGGAGGAGGCAGUUGAUCUUCUUCGACCCGGUGACGCAGCUCCCCGAGGAGACGCUGCGGGAGCAGAUCGACAACCCUCAGGUUGAAACCGGACGUCUGCUCCUCGCGCCGCCUUCCUCUCACAGGACGCGACCUGCUGCUGAGCUCCUCGACAACCCCUGCACCUUCUUGCCUGGAGAGGUGCUGUCUUUAUGGAGACGGGCUGCGACCGUGACGCCUCUGUCAGGCUCGGACCUGCAGGUCGGGGAGCGAGGGGCCGAGUCCACUGACUCUGAGAAGGAGAGAGAGAUGGUCGAGGCAGCUGAAGCAGCCGAGGCGGCCGAGAGAGAGACGGAGAGACUUGAGUUCAGCUCCAAGGAGGUCCCCAGAGAUGUGGCAGAAUCUGAGAUGAUGAUGGAGUUUUCAGGUCACGGUUCUCUGCCACUGGAGGGCUCCGAUCAAAGGGAGGCGUCUCGAGAGAUCUCCCCCAUGUUCACACCCGAGACAGAAAGAUCUCCUGUCUCCAGGUCUGUUUCUACACUGCAGGACAUCCCAGAGGUGCUGGAGGAGUUGCUGGAAGCGCCUGCAGCAGAGUCUCCUAGGCUGCUGCAGGAGUUGGCCGGACGUGAACAGACACCUGUGCUUUUUCAGUCUCUCCUGCCGCCAGAGGUCGACCGCAGAACUGUCAGCAACAUUUUUCAGAGGCUCCUGGAGAAUCUAUCGGCCAGAAAGUUAGACGCGGAGCAGGACGAGCCAUACGGCGACAUAUUGAUUUUACCUGGGCACGACUACGAGGAGGGGCAGCCGACAUCGUAACGCGUCCACGGUCACUCAGGUCCUCACGAGCCUCCGAAACAAACAUCAUUGUUCAGCCUGAUAGUAGUUUGUCUGUUUCCGACGUUGCCUGUGUUCACUUAAAACAUUAUAUAACAAAAAGUUUUAGAAGUCUGGGGGCUGCAACGAUCACUUUCAUGGUCGAUUAAUCCGUCGACUGAUUUCUCAAUUACAUGAUUAGUUGGUUGGUUUAGAAAGUGACAGAAAGUGGUUUAAAUUGAUGAUCAGUGUUUCCCAGAUGUUGUUUAAUGUCUUCAUAUCAGGGAAUAUUCACAUUUAAGAAGCUCAAAGAGAUUUUAGACGUUUAUUUUGUUUAAAAAAAAAAAAAUACUCAAACCAAUUAAUUGUUUAUCAAAAUAGUCUGCGAUUAAUGUAAUAGUUGGCAGCUAAUCGAUUAAUUGUUGCAGCUCUGUAGAAAUCAGAUGUUUUGUCACUGACUAGAUAGUGGUUUGUUUGUUACUGGUUUGUCUUGUUGACCUGUUUGAGUUCAUUUAUUAUUAUUUACCUGUUUUAUGUAAUGAAAUGUCUGGUUUUACAUAAUUGUUCCCUUUUGCUACAGGUUUUAUUAACUAAAUGAGAUUUACGAUGAACAUUUUAACUGUUUUUAUAGUUUUAAUAUUUUUAUAAAGACGUUUCCUUGUGUUCCUUUGCACUGAAAUGAACGACAAAACGUGCUCCCCCCUCUGUUCAAGUCACGUCUCUGUGACCUACAAAAUAAAAGCUUGAUCGGA